CCCCAGGGUGGCCCCCAGCCAAGGCCUCCUGGCGAUGGAGGGGAUAAAGUUCCCUGAGCCACCGCAAGCCUCCGCUCGCUUGCCGGUGCUCUGAACUUUGCCUUUAAGCUUGCAUGGCUGCAUCCGCGCCAAGCUUCCGCGAGCAGAUGCUUUAGACCCCACAUAGCAAGGCCACACUUCUCCUGAGACCCCCAUCAAGCUGGGUCUCUGGGUGCCUUGCAAGGAAGUCACUGGUUGGACAAAGCAGCUGCAAAUCAGGGCAUUGGCAAGGUGGCAUCUGCUGGCUCGUUCAGAGGUGGAUCAUAAAAUGCUGCCUGGCUGAGCUGAUAAAAGCUGGAUCCUUGGAGUCACAGCUGGAUUUUGAAAGCACCUGGUCCCCACCGGCUGCUGGGGUGACCUGAGAAGAUAAAGCCUCUCAGCUCAACACCUCCAUCCCUGCAUUUCCAAGAACCUGGGAGGACUCACACUGGGAAAAUCCAAUUGCUUUUUGCCUCCAGCUGCCUCUUGCCAUCUCUCUCCAGCUGACAGAGGGAAGAAGGAUCAGCCAUGGCAGCCAACAGCUCUGGUGGGAUGCAUGAUGCUCCGCUGGACAACGGCUUUGGUGGCACUGAUGACCUUGUUUCUGACUGGUACAUCUAUGAAACCAUGGAACCAGACACGCCGCAGGAUGACAUGCUUUCCAGCGUAAUCCCAGACUGUGACCCCACCAUUUCUCCCAGACUAUAUCACAUCUGCAUGGCACCCGUCUCUCUGGCGGUGCUUGUGGGCUUGUCCUUGCUGGUGAAACGCAGGCGUCUCCACCGGAGCUGCUGGAACGGUGUCCCAGGACUGCUCAGCCCAGCCAACUUUCUGGAAGAGGAAGGCAACCAAGGGCUGGUGGCUGCAGUGUUUGGCAUCCUGUUCUCCUCCCUGUGUGUGCUGAUCUUGGACAAGGACCCUCUGCCACUCGUUGCCCACUCCUCUCAGAGCACCCGGGAGUACUGGAAGAUCCUGGCUUUGCUCUACUACCCUGCCUUCUACUAUCCCCUGCUUGCCUGUGCCACUGUGGGGCACAGGAUCAGCUACCUCGUGGGCUGCCUGCUCUCCUGGUGCCACUGCGUGGUCCACGUCUGGCAGAAGGUGGAUUGUCCCCAGUCUCCAAAGAUAUACAGGUACUACUCCAUGCUCUCUUACAUCCCCAUCAUCCUCUGCCUUGUGCUCUUAAGCCUUUGGUAUCCAGCCCUGCUCAUCAGGAGCUUCACCGGGCAGGAGGAGACUUUGAGUAAGGAGGUUACAGGGAGAGGUUAUUACAAGAAGUACCUAAAGGCUAUCCUGUCCAAACGCCCUCGGAAGGGAAGCUCCGCGAAGAUAGAAGAGAGCCUCCUAUCAAGGGUCCAUAUGUAUUUACGCUCCUACAUCUACGCUCCUGAGGAAGGUUUCCAGAUCCCACUGAAGCUUGUCCUGUCCAUAACGAUGGCCGUGAUUGCUGUCUACCAGGUUGCCUUGCUGCUCCUGGUAGCUGUCGUCCCCACCAUCCAGAUCGUGAGGGCGGGAAUGACAAAGGAUGUUGUGGUGUUGUUGGUCCAGUUUGGCUUGGUGCCCUCGGAGAGCCCGGCUGUCCCGGGUGACAUGGAGAAGGAGCUCAACACUGUUAAGUACUACCUGUGGUCACUGGAAGUCUGCUACAUCUGCUCGCUGGUGCUGUGCUGCCUGCUGACCUGCGCCAUGCUCCUAAGGACACUGGUGAUGCACAGGAACAACUUGAAAGCGCUCUACCAAGGGGCUGUGCUGGAUGUUUUCUACAAAGCCCAUAUCCUCCGCCCAUCGCGACAAGCCAUCGUCUGCUGGAUGAGUUUUGCUGCCUUCCAGACGGCUUUUGCCUGCCUGGGUCUCCUCAUCCAGCAAGUGAUAUUCUUCAUCUGCUCGGUGGGAUUUACCUUCUUUGUCAUCAUCCCACUGCAGUCUGGCACAAACAUGUACCUCUUCAAAAUCAUUCAGAACAUGUGGCCCUUCUGGCUGACCCUGGUUGUUGCCGUCAUAGUGCAAAAUUUGGCAGCUCACUACCAGUUCCUGGAGCAGCAUUCCCUCCAGAAGGAGCUCACCAACAGGCGAGCUCUCUACAUAGUCACCUACUUGCUCUUCCCUAUCAAUGUCCUGGUGGGUGUCCUGGCUGGAGUGUGGAGGAUGGUCAUUUCUGGCCUUUAUAACGCUGUCCACUUCUGCCAGCUGGACAUCAGCCUGCUUAACCGCGGUGUGGAGACCUUUGACCCGGGCUACCACGCUUACUGCCACUAUCUGAAAAUUGAGGUCAGCCAGUCCCACCCGGUGAUGAAAGCUUUUUGCUUGAUGCUUCUCCAGCUUACCAGGCCAGAGGGGCCACCAGGGCUCCAGGCCAGCAAUGUGGAAGAAGGCAUCCAGCUGAUGCAGCCUAAGAAGGUGCCUCUGAGCAGAACCAGGUUCAAGCAGAGCCGGGCCCGCUGGUGGCUGGCCUACACGCUCCUCAACAACCCCUCUCUGACUGCCUGCCGGAAAACUGCCCUCUCCGACCCCACAGCCAACGGCACCCAGCUCAGCGCCUGCAAGCCCUGACCUCCAGAGAAGCCCCCCCACCUCUCUCUGCCUCCCACACACACUUGUCCUACCCCAUCCCUGUCUCCCAUUGACUCUCCUCCUGCACUGCAGGAAUUUUGGGCACCUCUUGCCCCUCUCCAGCCUCUGGUCCCUCUCCAGAAUUUACGGGGGCUGGAUU